CGCCGCGGCCUGGAGCCGGAGCCGGAGCCGGAGCCUGGGCCCCAGGGCCGGAGUCGCCGCCUGCAGCCCCCGCGGGCCCCGUGGCCGGCGCUCACCAUGCCGUGGCCGUUCUCGGAGUCCAUCAAGAAGAGGGCAUGUCGGUACCUCCUGCAGAGAUACCUGGGCCACUUCCUGCAGGAGAAGCUGAGCCUGGAGCAGCUCAGCCUGGACCUGUACCAGGGCACCGGCUCCCUCGCCCAAGUCCCCUUGGACAAAUGGUGUCUCAAUGAGAUCCUGGAGUCGGCAGAUGCACCUUUAGAAGUCACUGAAGGAUUCAUACAGUCAAUUUCUCUGUCAGUUCCAUGGGGCUCCUUGCUGCAGGAUAAUUGUGCACUGGAAGUGAAAGGGCUAGAAAUGGUCUUCCGGCCUAGACCCCGCCUAGCAACUGGUUCUGAGCCUAUGUAUUGGUCAAGUUUCAUGACCAGCAGUAUGCAAUUGGCAAAAGAAUGUCUUAGCCAGAAAUUAACAGAUGAACAAGGAGAAGGAUCUCAGCCUUUUGAAGGACUUGAAAAGUUUGCUGAAACCAUUGAAACAGUACUAAGAAGAGUAACAGUCACUUUUAUAGACACAGUCUUGAGAAUUGAACACGUGCCAGACAAUUCCAAAACUGGAACUGCACUUGAGAUUCGAAUAGAAAGAACUGUCUACUGUGAUGAAGCUGCUGACGAGUCCUCAGGAAUUAAUGUGCAUCAGCCCACAGCCUUUGCUCACAAGUUACUUCAGCUCUCCGGAGUAUCUCUCUUCUGGGAGGAGUUUUCUGCGUCAGCAAAAUCUUCCCCAGUGUGUUCAACUGCACCAGUGGAAACUGAGCCAAAGCUGUCACCUAGCUGGAAUCCCAAAAUUGUUUAUGAACCACACCCACAACUAACUAGAAAUUUACCAGAGGUAGCACCCUCUGACCCAGUGCAGAUUGGAGGGCUAAUUGGUAGGCUGGAGUUGAGUCUCACAUUGAAACAGAAUGAAGUACUUCCUGGAGCUAAGUUGGAUAUUGAUGGACAGAUAGACUCUAUUCAUCUAUUCCUGUCACCAAGGCAGGUGCACUUGCUUUUGGAUAUGUUAGCAGCUAUUGCUGGACCAGAAAAUUCUAGCAAAAUAGGGUUAGCUAAUAAAGAUAGAAAAAACCGACCCAUGCAGCAGGAAGAUGAAUAUCGAAUUCAGAUGGAAUUAAACCGGUAUUAUUUGAGAAAAGAUUCCCUUUCGGUGGGUGUGUCUUCAGAGCAAAGUUUUUAUGAGACAGAAUCUGCUCGUACACCUUCUAGCCGUGAAGAAGAAGUUUUCUUCUCCAUGGCUGAUAUGGACAUGUCUCAUAGUCUCUCUUCUCUUCCACCUCUGGGAGACCCUCCAAAUAUGGACCUUGAGUUAUCAUUAACUAGUACAUACACAAAUACUCCAGCAGGAUCUCCAUUAAGUGCUACUGUGCUUCAGCCAACGUGGGGAGAUUUCCUUGAUCAUCAUAAAGAACAACCAGUAAGAGGGUCCACCUUGCCAUCCAACCUAGUUCACCCACCAAAUUUACAGAAGACUUCUCUCCCAUCUAGAUCUGUUUCAGUGGAUGAAUCCAGGCCUGAACUUAUUUUUAGACUAGCUGUGGGAACCUUGUCCAUCUCUGUGCUUCACAUAGAUCCUUUAUCACCACCUGAAACAUCACUCAACCUCAAUCCAUUGACACCUUUGGCGAUAGCUUUCUUUACCUGCAUAGAAAAUAUUGACCCAGCAAGAUUUUCAGCAGAUGAUUUUAAGUCUCUCCGAGCAGUAUUUGCGGAAGCUUGCAAACACGAUCACCUUCGAUUUAUAGGUACUGGCAUCAAAGUGUCCUAUGAACAAAGACAAAGAUCAGCUUCCCGAUAUUUUAGUACUGACAUGUCCAUCGGGCAAAUGGAACUUUUGGAGUGCCUAUUUCCCACGGAUUUUCAUUCUGUUCCUCCUCACUACACAGAGCUUUUAAUGUUCCAUUCCAAAGAAAGAACUGAUUCCCAUCCACCUGUGUGUCUUCAGCUUCAUUAUAAGCAUUCUGAGAAUAAAGGACCCCAGGGCAAUCAAGCAAGACUUAGUUCUGUUCCUCAGAAGGCAGAAUUACAAAUUAAGUUGAAUCCUGUGUUUUGUGAGGUGGAUAUCAGUAUUGUGGACAGGUUAAAUUCCUUGCUCCAACCACAAAAGCUUACCACAGUAGAGAUGAUGGCAUCUCACAUGUAUACUUCAUACAAUAAACAUAUUAGUCUGCACAAGGCUUUCACUGAAGUAUUUCUGGAUGAUUCACAUAAUCCUGCAAAUUGUCGGAUAUCCGUACAAGUUGCCACACCAGCUUUAAACCUUUCUGUUCGCUUCCCAAUACCUGAUCUUCGGUCAGAUCAAGAAAGAGGACCAUGGUUUAAGAAGUCACUUCAGAAGGAGAUGCUUCAUUUAGCAUUUACAGACCUAGAAUUUAAGACUGAAUUUAUAGGAGGAUCAACCCCAGAGCAAAUUAAAUUGGAACUUACCUUUAGAGAACUAGUUGGAUCAUUCCAGGAAGAUAGAGGAGAACCAUCUGUUAAGUUUUUCCAUGUGUCUAGUGGAGUAGAUGGAGAUACAGCAUCAUCCGAUGACUUUGACUGGCCACGAAUUGUACUCAAAUUAAAUCCGCCAGCUGUGCAUUCCAUUUUGGAGCGGAUAGCUGCGGAGGAAGAAGAGAGUGAUGGCCGCUACCAGGAAGAGGAGGAAGGGGGUGCUCACUCCCUGAAGGAUGUUUGUGAUUUGCGAAGACCGGCCCCAUCUCCCUUCUCCUCUCGGAGAGUCAUGUUUGAAAAUGAGCAGAUGGUGAUGCCUGGAGACCCUGUAGAAAUGACAGAGUUUCAGGAUAAAGCAAUCAGCAAUUCUCACUAUGUGCUGGAACUUACGUUACCCAACAUUCAUAUAACACUACCUAAUAAAAGCUUUUAUGAGAAGCUUUAUAAUAGGAUCUUUAAUGACUUGCUGCUGUGGGAACCAACAGCUCCUUCACCAGUGGAGACAUUUGAAAAUCUUUCUUAUGGUCUUGGUCUUUCUGUAGCCAGUCAGCUGAUUAACACCUUCAACAAAGAGAGUUUUAGUCCAUUUAAAUCCACAGUUCACUAUGAUGAGGAAAGUGGAUCUGAGGAGGAGACAUUGCAGUAUUUUUCUACAGUGGAUCCCAACUAUCGUUCCCGUAGGAAAAAAAAAUUAGACUCUCAGAACAAGAACUCACAGAGUUUUCUUUCUGUUCUUCUGAGUAUCAAUCAUGGAUUAAUGGCAGUGUUUACAGAUGUCAGGCAAGAUAAUGGAGAGCUGUUGGAAAAUAAGCAUGGCGAGUUCUGGUUAGAGUUCAACAGUGGUUCCUUGUUUUGUGUGACCAAGUAUGAAGGCUGUGAUGACAAGCACUACAUCUGCCUUCAUGCCAGCAGUCUCAGUCUAUACCACAAAGGUAUAGUAGAUGGAGUGAUUCUUCCUACAGAAACACGACUGCCCAGUUCAACCCGCCCACACUGGUUGGAACCUACUAUUUAUUCCUCUGAAGAAGAUGGCCUCAGUAGAGCUUCUUCAGAUGGUGUUGGAGGAGAAACUUUGAAUAUGCUCUCUGUUGCAGUUAAAAUACUUUCUGAUAAAUCAGAGUCCAAUACAAAGGAAUUUCUCAUUGCUGUGGGGUUGAAAGGAGCCACACUCCAGCACAGAAUACUUCCUUCUGGGCUUAGCUGGCACGAGCAGAUUUUAUACUUCUUGAAUAUUGCUGAUGAACCUGUUCUGGGAUAUAAUCCUCCAACUUCGUUUACAACUUUUCAUGUUCAUCUCUGGAGCUGCGCACUUGAUUAUAGGCCUCUUUAUUUGCCGAUCCGAUCUCUUCUCACUGUGGAAACCUUCAGCGUUUCAAGUAGCGUGGCCUUGGACAAAUCCUCGUCUACUCUCAGGAUAAUCUUGGAUGAAGCUGCUUUACAUCUGUCUGACAAGUGUAAUACUGUCACUAUUAAUUUGAGUAGAGAUUACGUUCGUGUGAUGGAUAUGGGGCUUUUGGAAUUAACCAUAACUGCAAUGAAAUCUGAUUCUGAUGGAGAGCAAACUGAGCCACACUUUGAGCUACACUGUUCUAGUGACAUUGUCCAUAUCCGAACGUGCUCAGACUCUUGUGCUGCGUUAAUGAACCUCAUUCAAUACAUUGCAAGCUAUGGGGACUUACAUGCAGCGAGCAAGGUAGAGAUGAAGCCUGGAGCCCCUCACCGAAAGAUGAAGGUAGAUUCCAGUGGUCGCUCAUCCUCACGAGGUCCAGUCCUUCCUGAAGCCGACCAGCAGAUGUUACGUGAUUUGAUGAGUGACGCUAUGGAAGAGGUUGAUCUGCAGCAGGCUGCCGCGUCUACGCAAGCCCAGGCUAACGGUGUUUUGGAUGAAAAAUCUCAAAUUCAGGAGCCUUGUUGUUCAGACCUCUUCCUGUUUCCAGAUGAGAGUGGGAAUGUGUCCCAGGAGCCUGGCCCUCCUUAUACCUCAUUCACACCCCACUUGAUUAGUGAUGCAAUGGCAGGUGUGCCUACUGAGAAUGACGACUUUUGCAUUCUUUUUGCACCAAGAGCAAACAGUCAGGAGAAGGAAGAAGAGCCCGUUGUAAAAGUAAUGGUUGAUGAUGCAAUUGUAAUAAGAGAGAAUUACUUUAGUCAGCCUGUUAAGAAGACUGAUACGAGCAAAGCCCCAUUGCAUUUUCCGGUCCCUGUCGUCCGCUAUGUUGUUAAAGAAGUCUCUCUUGUUUGGCAUCUUUAUGGAGGAAAGGAUUUUGGAACCGCCCCUCCUACUUCUCCAGCUAAAAGUUACAUCAGUCCUCACAGCUCACCUUCUCACACACCCACAAGGCAUGGACGCAACAUGGUAUGUGGGGGAAAAGGAAGAAACCAUGACUUUUUAAUGGAAAUACAAUUAAGCAAGGUGAAGUUUCAGCACGAGGUCUACCCGCCUUGCAAGCCAGAGUGUGAUUCUGGCCUCCUAGAGCACCCAGUCUCCCGGCAGGUGUUCAUUGUGCAGGAUCUUGAAAUUCGAGAUCGUCUGGCAACAUCACAAAUGAAUAAGUUUUUGUACCUGUAUUGUAGUAAAGAAAUGCCUCGAAAAGCUCAUUCCAACAUGCUAACAGUGAAAGCAUUACAUGUGCGACCGGAGUCUGGCAGGUCACCACAAGAAUGCUGCUUGAGAGUAUCCCUAAUGCCACUUCGCCUCAAUAUUGACCAGGAUGCCUUGUUCUUCCUGAAGGAUUUCUUCACAAGUCUUUCCACGGAAGUAGAGCUUCUAAUGGCUCCAGAUCCAGAAGUUAAAAAGUCUCCUGGAGCUGAUGUUACCUGCAGUUUGCCAAGGCACUUAAGCGCCUCCAAGGAGCCAAAUCUAGUUCUGUCUUUCCCUGGGCCAAAGCAGCCUUCCCAAGAUGAUAGUGCCAAUUCAGCGGAAGUGGUUAAUGGGGAAGAAGAGAAGGACUUCUCAGCUGAAGAAACAUCAUUUAGUGAUCAGCCCGUGUUUUUUAGAGAAUUUAGAUUCACAUCAGAAGUUCCUAUUCGACUUGAUUAUCAUGGCAAACACGUAUCAAUGGAUCAGGGUACACUAGCUGGGAUUCUGAUUGGUCUGGCCCAGUUAAACUGCUCAGAACUGAAGCUAAAGAGGCUUUUCUACCGGCAUGGCUUGCUAGGUGUUGACAAAUUGUUUUCAUAUGCAAUCACCGAAUGGCUUACUGACAUUAAGAAGAAUCAGCUACCAGGAAUCUUGGGAGGUGUGGGGCCUAUGCAUUCACUAGUACAAUUAGUGCAAGGCCUAAAGGACUUGGUCUGGUUACCGAUAGAGCAAUACCGGAAGGACGGUCGUAUUGUCAGAGGGUUCCAGAGAGGCGCUGCCUCCUUUGGCACCUCAACAGCGAUGGCUGCUCUCGAGCUCACAAACAGAAUGGUUCAGACUAUACAGGCAGCAGCAGAGACUGCUUAUGACAUGGUAUCUCCUGGGACCCUUUCUAUUGAGCCCAAGAAGAUCAAAAGGUUUCCUCAUCACCGCUUAGCCCACCAGCCAGUGGACCUGCGAGAAGGUGUGGCCAAGGCCUACAGUGUUGUGAAAGAGGGACUUACAGACACAGCUCAGACGAUUUACGAAACUGCAGCACGAGAACAUGAGAGCAGAGGGGUCACUGGUGCUGUGGGCGAGGUCCUGCGCCAGAUUCCUCCUGCAGUGGUGAAACCUCUGAUUGUGGCCACAGAAGCGACAUCAAAUGUAUUAGGUGGCAUGAGAAACCAGAUUAGACCAGAUGUUCGGCAAGACGAGUCACAGAAAUGGCGCCAUGGGGAAGACUGAUAUUUCCGACACAAUUCUUUAUGAAGAUAUUAUGAGGGUGGAAAUAAGGAGUGGUGUCCCAUUGGCAGCUUUAGAGGUUAUUCAUUUAACUUUAUUGUGCUCAUCUCAGGAACAAAAGCAUUUCUUAGCUAAAUAAUUUAAUAUCAAAGCAACAUGCAACCAAAAACUUGUGACAUUUUAGGGCUAGUUUGGUACUUGCCUAGAGGAAUGUUUGGUGGCUAGUGUCAAAAGUCCUUCAGUGUUUGCUGCCAAGUGAGUGGAAUCCUUUUAUUAAAAUGGCUGUACUUCUCCUUGGUAUAGAUAAGAGAUCAUUGGAAGCCUGUUACAGUACAGAGUGCUCAGAAACAUUUGCGUACUUUGAAAGCACUAUUUAUGUUGCCCUGAGGAGUUGAUUUAUUUCUCAAGGUUUAAAAAAGAAUCACAGCUUCAAAACUCUCAUUGAGAAUGAGAGACAGAAGCCACAGGGAAAGCACAGCAAAUAGGAUUUUAAUAUAAAUAUCACUGAGGAAUAAAUAACUUAGUCUGCUGGAUUUAGUGUCCGUGCACUUGAGAACAUUAUUUCCAUUCCCUCAAAAAAGCUUUCUGUGGGCAUUUGAGGACGUGAAUGUCGCAGACAUGUUCUGUUGUGUUGCACUUUAUCGUGUGUGUGUGUGUGUGUGUGCGUGUGUGUGCGCGCGCGCGCGCGUUUAGAUUAAUACAAGUCGUGAUAUAUUCGUUAUGUAAUUUACAGAUCUUCACAAUAUAGAGUAAGACUGAAUGUUUUUGGCAAUGGAAGCUAACUCAAAUGUAACUUCCGUUUAUUUUAAGUGUAAAUGAAAAUAUGCGUUCUAUAAUGAACUGGGGCCCAUAUGAUUGUUUAUGCGUUCACUUUUGAGCAUAUAGAGUGCAAGCUUUUUAGGAAUGUGUGGAAAGGGAGAUUGGAAAUGAUUUUUACUUUUCUGAAAUUAACCAAAAAUCCUCCAAAUAUGCCCUAGUCAGCUAUUUCAAAGUACCGUUUUUACUUGGUUAACAAUGUACGUUUUGAUAACCUGUCAGGAAUGAAUAAAGUAUUUUUAUUUAAAGGUAAAAUUGUUUUAUGCUUCCAUGAAUAUUUUGCUUCUCUUAGAGCAUAUUCAUAGAUGCAAUACUAGGAUCCCUCCCAAGACACUUGGGAAUACUUUCUCAGAACUGAUUUUGGCUGAUAUCAAGUAAAUCAUUUCCUAGGAGCGAGAGGGAAAUUGUUAAGAACUCACUUUUUGCUUUAGGUUAAUCUAGCAGAAAGAAGUGCAGGGCUUUGUGUUCAUCCACUGUUUAAAGUUGAAUGAUGUGAAUUCUCAUUUUCUGAAGUGGGGAGAAUGCCAUCAACAUCAGUUUGGAUUUCAAAACUACAUUUCAGUUUGGGGUUUAAAAAAUGAUCCAGAAUCGAUUCCAUUCUCUAGAUUUUUCUGAACAAGAAAGCAAUGUAAAGCAGACAUCUGGACAUUUAAAAUUUAUAAAAAUUGCGUUAAGCAGCAUUUAAUUUUUGUUUCCUUUUUACUGCUGAAAAACUUUAAAAAGGGAUUGCUCAGGCAAUCAUGUGUUCAAGUGUCAUGGAACCAUCUAGUACUCUCUCCAAUUAAAUGGAACCCAUGUAGAAUGUGAUCCUGAGUAAACAGUAGCCACGCCUGUUCACUAUCACGAAGGCUCAGCCUGCUUGGGGGCAUGUUUUGACCACCUUGCUCACUGACCCCGUGAUUGAUUCUCCAUGUGUCCUUAAAACAGCAUAGUAGGUAUGUUAUCUCUGAUGGUUAAUCAAACUGAACAGCCCUUGAUCAAACUUAAAGAUACAAAAUCUCUUUGAUUUUUAAAUGAAUUUUCUAUAGUUUUACUAGUUAUUUAAGUUCAGUUAGAUAUAGCAUAGGGGGAAAGAGCCCUCCUCAUCUUUGCACUUGGAGUUGCAAACAGACCUGUCUUUUGACAGAUUCGGUUUAUAAAUCCUAUUUAACAUAUAUCUUCACAAUGUAAUCUCCACGGUCCUUUUGCUCUCUGUGCACCUGUACCUGCUAGCCACAGAGUCUGGGUUUGGGAACCAGAAACCUGCCUCAGAAAGGCUCAGUAUCAAGACUCCGUGUGUUGCCAGUUUAACCGAGAUGCUCUUGUUUUGAGGUGUUGAUGUAGACUAUGUUUGAACACUUCUGCAUUAUUAAGUAUCUUCGGUUUUUUUCUUUUUUAAAAAUGUCUUUUCCAACUUUAUGUCACAGUGACACAGUAAGAAGAGGGUCAGGGAGGACCCUUAGGCUGCCAGCUCGGCACUCACUCGGUAGAUAACUUGGCCAAGACGUUACAUUUCUCUAAGCCUCAGGGUCUUCUGUAAACUAAGGGGUUUUGUAUGAUAAGGCCCAGCAGAGGUUUUUGGAUGUUCAGGAUGUGUGCGUGUGUGUGUGUGUGUGUGUGUGUGUGAGAGAGAGAGAGAGAGAGAGAGAGAAUGAUGGUGUGAGAUAUAGUGUUCAGUAGAGUGUCCCAGACUGGUGACACCUCAGGCGGUGGCGCUGAAGGGGAGCACUGAGGUCACACCACACACGGUUGCCACGGCCCCAAAGAGCUCUUGGAUCUCCCAGAGUCUUGCGUGUCUGAGUGGCCACAGUACCUGUGUGGUUGACUUUUGACGUGCUCUUCUGCAUGGAGUAGACUGCGUGUGUCCACUUGUCACUGCAUGGAGGCCAUACAGGUGUCUCCCCCAGGAGUCCAGGUGAAGCGAGGUUUAGAACAGCACAGUGUUACAGAGACUUGUGAAGACCACUUUAUAAAGGCAGUGAAGGUCCUGGCAGUCCCUCCUCUUGAAUGGCGUGCACCCCCAGUGUCCCUUCCUGUCUGUCCCCAGAUCCCUAUUAUUUACGAGUAGAACAUCUUGUAAUACUUGCCUUUUAGGAUAGACGUAAUACAUCAUUUCUUCUGGGCAUAGCAAUAAACUUUCAUUUUAGUGAAGUUUGGGUCCACUUUGGAUUCCCACUUUAAGCACAUGUAUUUAACAUCAAUAUUUUUAUAAUGCAAGACUCACUUUAGGAAAUCUUGCCAAGUCGCAGUGUGCCUAGAAUAGCAUAAAUACUAAAAACCAGUGUUUCCUGUGUCACUUUUAAAUGGUAUUAAAUAUUUCCAGGAGGAAUAUUUCUGGUUCUCUCAUUUAAAAAAGGGUGUUCUGUAGGGUCGGUUCCUUUGUUCAGUUUCAGAACCGCCUAGAUCACCGUGUCUGCUCCGGUGCAGGGGCCGCUGGUCCAGAGGUGUCCUGCCUCCCACGGGUGGGUUUGGGAUUGGGUUCUGGGCACUGUGUGUACCCGGGCCAGAGCCGACAGGCAGCAGGCAGUGCUGACUUCCAGCAGUUGUAAAUGAGCACCCUCCACUACGUGGUUUCAGGGUUAACAACUGUCGUAACAUUAAAUUCUGUAGAUGUGAACAGCAUCGUGACUUCAGAGAAAUCAGUGGCCUUUGCUUCCAUUUUCUUACACCUGCAUCGGAUCGUAUCCCUCAGAGAGAGAUGGGGAGGUGUGUGGCAGGGCUGGUGUUCAUGGUGAGCAGUUACUCUGUGUCCCCUCACGUCGUCUUGACCUACCUAAGACAUUAGGGCCAGUGUCCAUAGAGUUCUUUGAGCCUGAGAGUAAGGGACCAUCAAAAACAAAGUGAUACUCUUUUGUACCUGCAGAUGCAUCCAUUGGUCGUACCAGUUAGUGUCAAGUAGAAUAGAUCAAUUAGAAAUUUGUGACUCUUAGGUUUAACUAGGAAGGUUAUUCGUAUAGCGUAUAGUUCACGUAGGGGGGGAAAUCUUUUAUCAAGCAAUCUUCUCUUUACUGGAAGGUAUAGUCAGUCUUUCCAGAGAAGCCUAGUUGAGUGCUUUAAUGCCAAUUUAUUUUUAUCUCCAUAUUUCCAGGACCUCGUAGGCCCACCACCCCCUUUAAUAGACCUCGUAAAGCAGAGCUGCCGUAAGUCCCCACCUUCCGUGGGGAGUACACCUUCCUUAGAUCCUGUUACUGUAUGUCAGACACAGAAAAGGUGUUCUAACGCACUGUCAGGACGGGCUGCUUUGGGGAUGGGAAAUUUGGGUUUCAACAAUUCACACUUUGAGAUGUCGGUGGUUUUCAAAAAAACACGGUGUUAGGGAUUUUUGCCUCCUGUACCAACCAUGGGCACUGUGGUCCCAAGCGGGUGACUUUGUAGCAAGUGCCAGAGUGCUCGCUGCUGUGUGUCGCGAGGUGGCAGAUGUGCCGUCCUCGGGCCCUGUGACCCCUCUAGUGCUGCGGGCGGUGGAAAUAGCGGCCCCUCCUUUAAGAAAUAUGUUUACUUUGCCGUUUCACAUGUAUUCCGUAUGUAUGACAUAUGGCAGCUUCCAGUUGGAUUGGUCUUACAUUGUAGAAGUCGCCGGUCACAUGGGACUGGUUGCUCUUUCACUGUGGAAUUUGGGACGGGCCCCGAGUUCGGCUCUUCUGCGAAUCCAUCCUGAGUUACUUUAGAGACUGAACUUAACCUCACCACGGUGUUGUAUCCUCGUUGCUAAGUUUCCUAAUUUCCCUGCUUAAGAUAAUUUUGGAUGUGAGAAUUUAAGAAUACUGCUGCUGUACGAGUAUUUUUGUGGAAAUGUAACCUGUCAGUGUGACUAUUGGAAAUAUUAUGAAAUGAGUACCUUGGAAGAAAAUUAAAAUAUUUACUCUUUGGA